AUGAAGGGGAAAGGUUAUCAUGAGACCAUCAGUGGCAAACAGGAUGAUUCUCUUCAACUCAAUAGAGCUGACGUCAAUGUGACCAAAGGCAGAUGGCGCCGCUCUUCAAGCCAGGUGGUGCAGCCUAUUGACUGUCUUCUUUCCAGUUGGUCAUCAUGGACUGCUUGUGAUUCUUGCCAGAAAAAAAGACUUUAAUGCUUUCACAAACAAUCUAGAAGGGGUGAUUCUUGACUAUAAAUAUUAUGCAGGAGCAUGUCGGCCACAACAUAUUGGUACUGUUGGUUUUAGAAAACCAUACAAUGUAGAAAGUUAUUUGGCUGAGACCAAAGGCAAAUAUGAAUUUUCAAUGACUGCGCACGAAUCGUAUUCAAGUUUUGAACACAGCGUCUCCAGGGCAAAAUCAAAAGAAGAAAGUUUUAGCAUUGGACUAACUAUACCCCGUCUAUUUAAAUUUAGUUACAAUAAAAAUGACAAGCGAUAUCAAAAAUUUGUUAGCAGGACGAAAAGAUUUUCUUCAACGUCUAGCAGGUUUGUCCAUGCACAUGCAGAACUGGAAGUUGCUCAAUAUAAACUGAAGAGACAGGACCUGAUGCUUCACUCUGAGUUCUUCCAGAGGAUCCUUCGGUUGCCUCUGGUGUAUAGCUAUGGAGAAUAUCGUGAUCUUUUCAGAGAUUAUGGAACACAUUACAUCACUGAAGCAACUCUUGGUGGCACUUAUGAAUAUACUUUGAUCAUGAAUAGUAAUGAGCUGGAGAAGGCAG